ACCCCCCGGCUCCCCUACCAAUACCGGCGGGCGGCGGCGCGCGGCUCCAUCCCUUGGCCGGCACAGGGCCGCGGCGGCUCCGUGGCUAGGCGCCCGGCGGCACCCCACAGCCCCCAGAAUCUGGCUAGGGUGGUCGGGCGGAUCCGCUCCAUCUUCAUCCGGCUGCUGGCUGCUGCUGCUGCUGCUGAACUGCUCUGCGUCUCCGCUGCUUGGCUGCGGACUGCAGUGCGGUGCUGCCGGCAGGCACCGUCGUGGCGUCGGCGUCCGCCGUCAGGGACUCUGGAUCCGGCAGUCCGCAUUCCGGUUGAGCGCCCUCAGACCUCAGACCGACGUCCCCUGCUGCAGUGCGCAGUGCUGCUUGCCUGCUUAGUGAUUGGUACAGUCUCGAGAAGUCUUAAGCAUGUGAAGCCAUUUCGGUGUGGACAAUUUGAUGAAUGUAUAGAAAAUGCCAAGGGUCAAGCACUCAAGCUAGCUUGCUAAAGAAGACGCACACUGAAGAGAAAUAUGUUCACAGAGUGAAUCCCAUUAUGCAUGCCUUUGAAAUCGAAAGGUCUCCUUCUCCACUCGAAGGUUAGAGACAGAAGAAAAUGGAGUCUGAAAUCGGUCAGUGAGCGUUUGGUCGGCAAGUUGAACUCACAUGCUCGAAACUGGAUCAUGGAAAGCUGGUGGUUGUUAGGUAACGUGCUGCUGCUGAAGAAUGUGAUCAGCCUGAACCCGGACGCCAGCGAGGUGUCGCAGCAGAAGUUGCUAUCGCUUGUCGCCGAACGCCUCAUCGAUUCCAACAGCGCCGUACAGGACAAGGACGAGGAGUACGUCCGCAACCGGGAGCAGAACAUCGCGGAUGCCAUCGACCUUCUCCCGUGCCUCACGACAAGCAUUGACGUGACUGUUAUGUUCAGGAAGAUUGAUGACUUUGAGUUCACCCAAGAGCGUGCCAUGUUUGAUCUUCUGGAUAUCCCACUAUACCAUGGAUGGAUAGUGGACCCUCAACUGCACCAUCUAAAUUUCGAUUUACAACGUCCAAUAACUGUUCUGAUCUUUCUCUUGUCCUUUGGUGGUUGUUUCUCUCUGCACGAUUAGCAAUCAGCUAAGCCUAUUCAAUAAGGUAUAUCCAUCUUUUGCUUUCCUCAUCAGGUAUAUCUGUGGUUAUUUCGUUCUUAGAUAAUCUGGCAAUCAUCCAUGAUCAUCUGUUUCUUGAACUAUGUGUUGAUUUUUGUCUAACUUAAGUUUUUUAAGAGUGAUAACUGAUAAGUACUAAUCUACUGGAUUUCACUGCAUGCACUUGAAAUUUAGCUACAGUACUCACCAAUAAGAUUUUUAAAUUAUCUGCCUUGUUAUGAUCUCUAUUUGCAAAGGGAAUAAGGGAUUCAUAUUCCUAUCAUUGUACAGCUGCUCUGUUAUCAUGUGCUGCGUGCCCCCAAAAAUAUAGCUUAGUCUAUGAAUAA